GAUACGACAUCAUGCUUUUAAAACUGUCUACACCUGUCCGACCAAGCAAAACGAUUCAAUUCAUUCGACUUCCCCGCCGUGAAAUGACAUUAAAUGAAAAUGAGAAGUGUCGAGUGGCUGGAUGGGGUAAGAUAAACACUCGUGGUAAUGUUGUUGACGACCUGAGAGUGGUGGAUGUGUCGGUCAUCAGCCCACAAGUCUGCAGGGAAAGAUGGGGUGGUCUUCCUCCCAAUAUUAUCUGUGCAGGUGGAUACAACACAACAAAGGGAUUCUGUCAGGGUGAUUCUGGUGGCCCUCUGGUCUGCAAGGGAAUUGCUGUCGGUAUUGUUUCUUUCAACAAACGGCUUCCUGGAACCGAGCUGGGAGAUUGUAACUAUCCGGAUAUCCCCAAUGUCUAUACGGAUAUCUCAAAACACCUGAACUGGAUCAGGAAGAUUCUCCAGGGGGAAAAAAAUGCACAUAUCAAAGCCAGAAUUGCAGGAAUGCACAACAUGUUGCAGAAGACUCUUUCACUGCCCUCUCUGCCCCACUUUCAGCCCUACUGUCAGGGCAAAGAUAUAAAUGGACACAUUAAAAAGGCUUUGCCUUUCAAAGUUAUGUUGCUUCUUCAGUUUGCUGCCACCAGGAAGGAGCCUGGAGAGCCUCCGGGCCAGAACCAGCAGACUGAGAGGCACCUUCGUUCAUCAGGCUGUCAGGAUGCUGUCAGGAACUCACUCCAUGCUCUCCCACACACCAACUCCAGACCUGCAUUCACCUCUUCCCUCUGA